CCAUCUGCAAAAUUAAGGGCAGAGCGAAGCAGAGAAGUUUCCGUUAUCCAUUCUCUCUAUUCUCGCCUCUCUACACCAAAAAAAGGAAAAAAAACCCAAAUAUCUUUCCUUCUCUCUCUAGAAAAAAAUUCUCAUCUCUACCUGUUGAAACAAAUUAGGGUUUUUCCAAAUCCACAGAUAUUUGCAGAAGUAAGCAUGGUUUCCGAUUCAAUCAACGCUUCAAUUCCUUCUGUCCCGAAAGAUUUCGGCAAGAAGAAGAGGGCCAAUAGGUCAGCCAAAUUGAAACAGUGCAAGCUUGAUGCUCGUCGUGAGCAAUGGCUCUCUCAAGGUACAGUUAAGAAUAGGGGGUGCAAGGAGGAAUUGAUGGGACCACGAGGGUCGCCACAACAAAUUCAUGAAGAGGGAAGGAAGAAUCCGUUAGAAAAUUUGCAGACGAGGCCGCAAGGAAGAGGAGUAGGGGAGGAUGAGGAUGAAAAUGGGUCGAUCCAUCGUGAUUUUGAUAUGGAUUCCCCUUCAAAUAGUCCUACUGGCAGCAGUGUCCUAGGUGGAAAUGAUUCAAGCACCAAUUUUACUGCUUCCAGCAGUGGCAGCAGUACUAGUGGAAGUAGCGGUGGUUGUUGCUCUGGUAGCAUAACGGACGAGGAUGACGAAGGGGAUGAUAGUUGCUUGGAUGAUUGGGAGGCUUUGGCGGAUGCUUUAGCUGCCAGUGACUACGAUAAUAAACAAGAAAACCAUAAUGAUGAUAACAAUCCAUGUCUAGAAUUGCAGUCUUCACGGGAGCAUGAACCUGUUGUUCAAUUGGAUUGUAAUUCGUGCAACUUGGGUUCUAAUCAUGAGAAUUUGGCGCGGGAGAGAAGGAUCCCAUCAAGAGUGACUCCUGGGAACAGUCGGGCUUGGAGGCCGGAUGAUGCACUUCGUCCGCAGAGUCUUCCUAAUUUGUCCAAGCAGCGGAGCUUUCCGAAUACUGAUAGGCAUUAUGGACGGGGAAGGCAUGCGUGGGUUUGUGCUAGUGGUGUUAAUGUGCCAUCUGCAUGUCCUAUAUGUACAGAAGAUUUGGACUUCACAGAUGCGAGUUUCCUGCCAUGUUCAUGUGGGUUUCAGGUCUGCCUUUUCUGUUACAACAAAAUGCUUGAGCUGGAUGGCCGCUGUCCGAACUGCAGGGAACUGUAUAAGAAUGAUUCUGUGGAGGUGGAGGCCAUUGUGCCCGGAAGUAAUCUGACUUUAAGGUUGGGUCGUUCUUGUACCAUGAGGUCAUAGGAGGAGAACUCUCUGUUUUGAUGAACUUUCGAAUGUUGGGUCUAUCUCUUUCUCCGUAUGUCUUGUGUGUUCUAUUCUAGAAUCAGGUUGUCAUUUCUUAGACUUUUUAGAUGUGGGGUAUAGAUCAUUAUAUCUUUUGGCACCCGAGAAUUGAGCUAUUUCUUAUUUUGAAUACUGGUUCUUAUCUGUGUGGUGCAUAUGCUGAUGUAGAAAACCCUUGUUCAGUUUGUGAAUAGAUAUGGAACAUAGAAACUCAAUACAUGAAAUACAAUAUUCCAUGUUUUCCUUUUCCUUAA